CUCGUAGCAGUGAGCGAUUGAUUCAAUUUGUUUCGGUUAUAAAGUCUAAUAACAGAAGUUAGGGUCGGGUUGGAUAGGGUUACGGUAGGAUACCGUAGCGAUAUGGCGUCAGGUGGCGGAGCGGCCAGGUCUUUCCUGGCGGAUGCUGGGUAUGGGGAGCAGGAACUGGAUGCUAACUCGGCACUGAUGGAGCUGGAUAAAGGUUUACGAUCCGGGAAGCUCGGAGAGCAGUGCGAAGCGGUGGUUCGUUUUCCAAGACUGUUUCAGAAAUAUCCAUUUCCCAUCCUUAUAAACUCUGCUUUCCUGAAACUGGCUGAUGUGUUCAGAGUUGGGAACAAUUUUCUUCGCCUCUGCGUGCUGAAGGUGACCCAACAGAGUGAGAAGCACUUAGAGAAAAUCCUUAAUGUGGAUGAGUUUGUGAAAAGAAUCUUUUCUGUCAUUCACAGCAAUGACCCGGUGGCCCGGGCUAUUACCCUCCGAAUGCUUGGAAGCAUGGCCUCCAUAAUUCCCGAUCGGAAGAAUGCCCACCACAGUAUCCGCCAGAGUUUGGAUUCCCACGAUAACGUGGAGGUAGAAGCCGCUAUAUUUGCUGCUGCACGCUUCUCAGCUCAGUCAAAGGACUUUGCUACUGGAAUCUGCAACAAAAUUGGGGAAAUGAUCCAAGGGUUGGCCACUCCUGUGGAUUUGAAGCUGAAGCUGAUCCCCAUUCUCCAGCACAUGCACCAUAAUGCCAUUUUGGCCUCCAACAGUCGCCAGCUUCUGCAACAAUUGGUGACGUCGUAUCCGUCCACGAAGAUGGUCAUCGUAACGCUGCACACCUUCACGCUGCUGGCUGCGUCCUCUUUGGUUGACAUCCCUAAGCAGAUUCAGCUUCUGUUACAGUAUUUAAAAAACGACCCCAGAAAAGCAGUAAAGAGGCUUGCUAUUCAAGAUCUGAAGUUUUUGGCUAACAGAACCCCUCACACAUGGAGCAGAGAAAAUAUUCAGGCGCUGUGUGAGUGUGCGCUCCAAACGCCAUAUGACAGCCUGAAGCUCGGCAUGCUCGCCGUUCUCUCCGCGCUGUCAGGUAGUAUCGCUAUCAAACAGUUCUUCAGUGCGGCGCCAGGAGCCAUAUCAGGCCCAGCGAGGUAUUCGGAUCUAAUAAAGUUGGCGCAGGAGUGCAGUUACCAUAGUAAUCGCGGCAUUGCAGCCCACGGCGUGACGGUUCUUACGAACAUCGUUUCAUCCUGUCAGGACAAAGAUCCUUUGGGUCUAGAAAAAGAUGCCGUGUACGGACUGGAAUCUCUCUUAGUUCUUUGUAGCCAAGGUAACAGCACGGGAGCUCAGCUAACAUUAAAGAUAGCGUUAUCGUGCAUGGUUAAAUUGGCGAAGAGCCGUCCUUAUCUGAGCCAGUCGGUGGUGGAGUCCCUGUUAACGCAGCUGCACAGCGCUCACGACUCGGCCAGGAUCUACAUGUGUCACUGUCUGGCGUCUGUGGCCAUGCAGCUCCCGGUCUUGGGGGACGGAAUGCUGGGGGACAUCGUGGAGCUUUACAAAGUAAUCGGCCGCUCGGCCACCGACAAGCAGCAAGAGCUCCUGGUGAGUCUGGCCACAGUUAUCUUUGUUGCCAGUCAGAAAGCUCUGUCGCCAGAAGUAAAGACCAUCAUCAAACAGCAGCUAGAAAACGUCUCCAAUGGAUGGACCGUGUACAGGAUAGCCAGACAAGCCUCAAGAAUGGGAAAUCAUGAUAUGGCCAAGGAGCUGUACCAGAGCCUGCUGACACAAGUGGCGUCCGAGCACUUUUACUUCUGGUUAAACAGCCUGAAGGAAUUGUCCACGGCCGAGGAACGCCUGACCGCGCUGCAAGAAGACGAUUACAGCUCGGCCCUCUCUUGUAUUUCCGAGUCUUUGAAAUCUUACCACAAAGGCAUAGCAUCGCUGACCGCUGCCAGCACCCCCAUGAACCCGCUAAGCUUCCAGUGCGAGUUUGUGAAGCUGCGGAUCGAUGUCCUGCAGGCGUUCUCUCAGCUCAUCUGCACCGGUAACAGCCUGAAAACGAGCCCCCCUCCGGCCAUCGCGUCCACCAUAGCCAUGGCUUCCGGGAACGAUCUCCAGCGCUGCGGGCGCAUUUCAACCCAGAUGAAGCACUGUAUGGAGGAAUUCAAAAAUCUCGCCGCACGCUACAAUGAUCUCUACAGAUCUUCUUUUGACGCGGAUUCUGCAACUUUGAGAAACAUAGAAAUACAACAACAGAGCUGCCUUUUGAUUUCGUAUACCAUCGAAGCCCUUAUUUUGGACCCGGAAUCUUGUAGUUUCCAGGAUUGCAGCCUGAGUGGCUCUGGGCAGGCCGACAGUGAAUACGAGAGGAAGAUGCUCUCCGUUUUUAACCACGUACUGGAAGAAGUGGAGCUCCUCGGCAGAAAAUACCCCCCUGUGUCUUACCUGCACACCUCCUGCCUGUGCAAUGCGGUCAUCAGCCUCCUAAAAGUCCCGCUUUCAUUCCAGAGAUAUUUUUUCCAGAAGCUGCAGUCCACGAGCAUCAAGCUCGCCUUGUCCCCAUCUCCUCGCAAUCCCACGGAGCCGAUCCCCGUCCAGAGUAACCAGCAGCUGGCCUUGAAGGUGGAGGGAGUUGUACAACACGGCUCCAAACCGGGGCUGUUCCGCAAGAUCCAGUCCGUCUGCCUCAACGUCUCGUCCGCGCUGCAGAGUAAACUGGGCCAGGACUUUAAAAUCUCUGCGGAGGGUGUAAGAAGUGAGAUGGAACAGAAGGUUGAGCCGCACAAUGAUUACUUCAGCACGCAGUUCCUGUUAAACUUCUCGGUGCUCGGGACGCACCAGAUUACCGUGGAAUCAUCCGUCAUAGACUCUAACGGGAUCCUGUGGAAGACCGGUCCAAAGACUACAAUCUUUGUCAAAUCUUUAGAAGAUCCGUAUUCCCAGCAGAUACGAUUGCAGCAGCAACAGCAGCAACAAGCGCAACAGCCGCUGCAGCAGCCACUCCAGCCGCCACCCCAGCAGCAGCAGCAGCGAAAUGCAUACUCCCGGUUCUAGUUGGCCGGCGACGGGAGCGUAAUACAAAUCUAUUCCUUUUGGUUUAGUUACAGUAAUGGUAUUUUGUAAUAUUACCGUGAAUGGGGAAAUAGCACAAUGUAUAUGUUAAUUUCAACAUCUUUGCUUUAUUCUGUCUGCAUAAAAGUGCAACUUCCUAAAGCA